AUGCCCAAGAGAAACGCCAGCGAAGGUGCUGUGAACGGCGCCAAGCGUCCAAGACAGAAAUAUGGAAGACAGGAACUUAGGAAAAUCAAUAGAACCACUCGAAGAGAUAAGGAAGUGGAAGAGGAAGAAGAGGAACAGGAUGAGGCCUCUGACCAGGAAUCCGAGGAGCCCCAACCUGUGUCUUCCAAGAGUGAAAGCUUUCCAGAGAACGAAUCAAGAGAGUCGUAUAACGCUUUGCUUACGCUUCUUAAGAGCGACCAUCCAGAAAUCAGAAAGAAGGAUACCAAGAGGACUCACAAUGAAGAGAACCUGGAGGAUAUAGCAGGUGUGAACUUGGAGGAUGAGGCAGAAGACGAUGGUGCUGAGGCAGAAGAGGAAGAAGAAGAGGAGGAACAAGAUGAUGAGGAUGAGGACGAUAACAUCUUGUUGAAAGAUCCUUUUGAGAGCCACUUCAACUUGAUAUCAGAGGAGCUUGUGGAGAAGAAAGGAAAGGCCAUUGCUGCUAAGGAACCAUGGCAGACCUCAAAGUCAAAGAUUGCCGAUACCAUCUAUACGGCACUUCUGCAAUCGCCUCCAGGUGACAAUAUUUCCAUUCCUAACUUUGACAAGCUUACCCUGCUUGGUCAGUAUAAUUGCAUUAAAAGAAGAGUCGGAGAGGCCUUUUUGAAAAACUACUCUGGCGACUUCAAGCCCAUGGAUAAGGCAUUGAUAGACGAGAUAUUAUCGUACAAGGAUGUUUCGUACCCAACGAAAUCAUACAAGAAUACCUCUUACAAGAGGCUUUAUGCAUUGCAUGUGUUGAACCAUGUGUUCAAGACGAGAGAUAGAGUGAUGAAGAAUAACGAGAAGCUCAGGAAGUUCCAGGAUGAUGUCAAAGAGGGAAAAAUCGACAGAAUGACCCAAGAGCCUGAGUUCAGAGAUCAAGGAUUCACCAGGCCAAAGGCUUUGAUUCUCUUGCCCACGCGAAAUGCCGCUUACGAGCUUAUAGAGCUUCUUAUUAAGCUCUCAGGAUGUGACCAACAGGAGAACAGAAAGAGAUUCAAGCAGCAGUUUCACGAGUCCGGUGGUCCUUCUGACACCAAGCCUGCUGACUUCAGAGAAAUGUUCAAAGGAAAUUCCAACGAUUUCUUCAGCAUAGGAUUAAAGUUCACCAGAAAGUCGCUUAAGCUUUAUUCGUCAUUUUACACAUCUGAUGUGUUGAUCGCAUCUCCAAUUGGUCUCUCCAUGAUUCUCGAAGACCCAAAACAAUCCAAAAGACAAUACGAUUUCCUUUCUUCGAUUGAAGUUCUUGUGAUCGAUCAAGCAAACCAGAUUGAGAUGCAAAAUUGGGACCAUGUAAACACUGUUCUCAAGUAUAUCAACAAGAUCCCUAAGGAGUUCCAUGGUGCUGAUUUCUCGAGAAUUAGAAUGUGGGCAAUCAACGAUCAACUGAAAUUCUUACGUCAGACGUUGGUGUUUAGUGAGUUCUUUACGCCUACCGUCAACAGUAUGUUUUCCAAGUCACAAAACCUUGCUGGUCGUACGAGGUAUAAGCCUGAGAUCACUACCCAGUCAUGUAUCAUGAACUCGAUCGGUAUCAAGAUCAAACAAAUAUUCCAAAGAUUCGAGUCGCCAGAUCCAAUUUCGAACUAUGAAUCCCGCUUCAAGUUUCUUGUCAAUUCUGUCCUCCCCUCCAUCAGCAAACAGACUCUGUACGAAGAUGGUCUCUUGAUUUACAUUCCUUCAUACUUUGACUACGUUAGAGUCAAGAACCAUAUGAAGCAGCAUACGAAGCUCAAUUUUGGUGCCAUAGACGAAUACUCAUCGCAAUCAAGAGUAUCUCGAACCCGCCAUGCUUUCCAAACCGGUAAGAUCAAGAUCCUUCUAUACACAGAAAGAUUGCACCAUUUCAGAAGAUUUGAAAUUGGUGGUGUCAAGACAGUUUUGAUCUACGAACCGCCAGCCAACCCUCUUUUCUACAAAGAGCUUCUUCGUUUCGUUGCCAAGUCAGUCUACAAAGAAGAGGCCGAUAUUGACCUUUCGUUUGUGAAGACACUCUUCUCCAAAUGGGACGCUGUCUCGCUCGAAAGAAUUGUGGGCAACGAAAGGGCUCCAGUGCUCUGUAACUCUGUGAACGAAACCUACGAGUUCAGGUAA